AUGCACGCUCCUGCCGACAUCCUCCCUCCAGCCCGUCAGCCUCUUCGCGACGAGGACCUCAAGGAUGAGCCCCGCUGCUCUCCAGCUCGUCCCAGCUCCCGCCUCCUCGCCUCCUCGCAACAAGACCCUUUGGACCGCCCCCUCCGUAGGACCAACGAUGACAAGGCGCGCAGCCAGUACGGAUGUCCAUCGAGGGCAAAGCAGCUCGCAGCUCUCAAAGCAUCGAUGGAGAUGAUCAAGUGCCAUCGGAGGAUCAAGGACUCACUUGGAAGACACGUGGCCCUGUGA